GUAGUUUGGUUUCACAAACAUGAGACUAGUUCCAUUUAACAUAUACAGUAACAUUUUGAGAAUUAAUAUUUCUCUUUUAUAAUGCCUUGAGCAUCACACAGUUAGCAAAUAGCAUGCAGGAUUAUAACAGAGGUCAGUCUGACUCAAUCCAUUACACUACUUUCUCAAGGUGUCUGUGGAUUAUCACAUGGAUCAUGAGGGUAUCAAAUUUCGAGCCUUUCUAGUACGGGAUUCUGGAAGUCAAUAAGAGUAGAUUCUAGGAUGUAGUUAAGAUUAAACAAGUUGGGCAGGCAGUUACUAUGACUCAGCAGACUUGCAGGGUUUAGGACCUAGCAGUUCAGAAUCAGCUAAAAUAGUCCCACAGAGCAGACUGAGCACAAAGCUUUGUUAUUGUUCAUUUUUGUUUGUUUGUUUUGUUUUGCUAUGUAUGAGCCUUGAUGCCUAAACCUGUUGUCAGCAAUAUUUUCAGAAAGGGCUUAGAAUAUGCUUGACUGUGGUGCUAUGUGAAACAGUGUCUGGAACAAAGUCGGACUGGCUCAAGACAAGGAACAGUGCUAGAGAGUCAUUCUCAGGAAUUUAGGAGGAGAGAACACAGCAGAAGCAGUGGCCACACAUGGGACACCAGAAAGGUGCAUAGAUCACAAGCAGAUGAAAUUCCAGUAGGACAGAUUUCAUAAACCAGUUCUAGAGAAGUAGGCUAGGCAAGCCUCAAAAAUGUAAAGUAGAGACGUGGAGUGACAUGCCCACUGGAAUAUCUUGUAAACAUCUCAAAUUAGAUUUAAAGGUGUGGGUGGAUGAUUGACAAAAGUCUAGGAUAGCUGCUAGAUUUCACUCAAGCAGUGUGGAAAAACUCUAGUCUUUCCCAGGUUCACUUACAGAGUUUAGGGCUUUCUGACCACAAGAGAGGGACUGAUACUGACUUAGUCGUUUUUAGGGCAAUUGAUCCUUUUCUGUUCCUAAAAGAUCUUUACCAAAAAAUUUUAAUGUUGCCUCCACAAUAUUCCAUUUCAAUAAUGAGAAAUAUUCACUCUACUAACCUGCUCAGGCCUCCAACAGUGUGAGGAUCACCUCAUUGGCUCUGGCCUUCCCUUUGAGAAAUGUCACAUCCACCAUGCUUCUUAUCUUUAUCGUUGUAGGCCAUUCCAUAAUGCAAACUCCUGUAGUCCCUCUUCUCUUGGAUCCUUUCAUGCCUUUUCUCUUUCAUUUCUUUUUUCUCAUAUUCUAUCUAUUGACUCAGGACGCUCAUUCUAUAUACAUUUACUCUACUCCAUGUUUUCACUAUAUUUAAAUAAUUAUCUUUUUUUUUUCCCUGUGAUGAAUAAUCUCAUUUGUUGAUAUGGUUAGGCUAUGGUAUCCAGUUGCUUGUCAAACAGCUGUCAGAUAAAGGUGCUUUUGUGAAGAUACUUUUUAGAUAUGAUAAACAUUUAAAUCGGUAGACUUUGAGUCAAGCACAUUACCUUCAAUAAUGUGAGUGAGGCUCACCCAGCGAGUUGAAGGCCUCCAGAAAAAACAACUGAGGUCUCCCAAGAAAAAAGGAGUUCAGCCUCCACAUGGCCUUUGGACUCAAGGCUACAUCAGCACCUCUUCCUUGGCUUUGCAGAUCGCUGGCCUGCCCUGUAGAUUUCAAACUUGCCAACUCCCACAAUCAUGGGAGGUAAUCCUUUCAAAUAAGUCUCUUUCUUUGCAUAAACAUCCUAUUGGUUUUGUUUCUCUGAAAAACAUUUACUCAUACAAUCCCUUAAAAAACCUUGACUCUGCCCCAUGGAAAUCACCUACCUUGUGGGUGUCACUAAUUGUUACUGUUUUUGCUCUCCCACACUAGACCAAAGAGCCAGGAAUCUGUCGGCAUUCUGAAGCUCCCAUAUACUUCCCACUUCUCUUCUUGUCAGGUGUGAUGGAGCCUGCAUUUUCCUCUUUAUCUGGAUACUUUGUGGCCAUUCUUCUCUUACAGAUAACAGUACUCACCUCAGAGCAGUUCACUGUGAGUAGCUCUAGGAGUCACCACGUGGUCAUGGUCGGCAGCCAGGCUGAGCUCAGCUGCCAACUGUCCCCACCACAGAAUGCACAGCUCAUGCAGGUGGGCUGGUUUCGGGAUCGCCAUUCCCAAAUGAUUUACCUGUAUGAAGAUGGGGAAGAACACUCUGGAGAAGGCAUUCAGAACUACAUGAAUCGCACAGUGUUCCUGAAGGAUGCACUAGAAGGCGGCAAAAUUACCCUCCAGAUUUACAACGUCACUGUUUUUGAUGGUGGGCAGUAUCACUGCUUCUUUAAAGAUGGCCACACCUAUGAAGAAGGCAUCGUGGAUCUGAGGGUUCCAGCUGUAGGCUUGGAUGUGCAGAUUAAUGUUCAGGUUCUCGGCACAGAGGGGUUUGUGGUGGAGUGUACCUCAGGAGGGUGGUUCCCACAAGCCCAGAUGGCAUGGAGAGACAGCAGUGGGAAUGUAAUUCCACAUUCAUCAAAAUCUUACUCUCAGGAUGGAGCUGGAUUAUUACAUUUGAAGAUGACCAUUCUUCUAAAAAAUAGCACCCAUGGUCCUGUAACUUGCUGCUUUUACAACCCAGUCACUGGUCAAGAGAAAAGGGCAGGUAUUGUCAUAUCAGAUAUCCUGUUCAAAUCAGAAUAUAUGUCAUUGAUGUCACAUAAAAUUUCAUAUCCUUGGAUAUAUUUGAGCAUUGUGGUUGCUCUUCUGUUUCUCAGAAUAAAAGUUACAGAGAAUAUAAGGUGUGUUCACCUUGUGUUUCAGUGUCUACCUUUCCUGAUGUAUAUUGGCAUUUUGCCUAUCUAUUUACAAUUCAGGAAAAGAGUCUCUGUUUCAGAUGAUCUGUUCUUAUUGUAUAGUAUUUGGACAGAUGAUUUAUGCAUAAUCUUGGGUAUUCUAAUGUUAUUCUUCACCCUACUCAUUUUUGUUCUACUUUAUACUCUGAAAGAUUUUGUACAACUAUGGACAUCAGGGUUCUCAUCUGAAACAGAGGAGGCUUGAAGACAGUAGAACCAGUGAUGUAAAACAUUGAAGAAAAAGCAUUUGGAUCAAAAGUCUAUACUUUUGAGUGAAGUCAAAUAAUUACCAAUGUAUAGGAAGAAAAUAGAAAUUUAAAGAUUCUCAAUAUAUCUUCGUUGCAAGUUUACAUGAGAAUUACCUAAUUCAAAUGUAAUUGCAUCAAAAUUAGGAUCUCAAUCUAAAGAAUAUCUAAUAUGUAGAAAAGUAAUAGCAAAUAAACAAAUGUAUCAUAAAAUCUAAAUAUUUCCCUGAAAUAAAGUAAAUAUAUGAAAAUCA